UGGCGUUGAGGUGCAUGGACAAAAUUCUAGCAGCUGCCCCAGGAUUUUACUGAUAAAAUACUUGAUAAAAUACAUUCUCUGUGAAAAUCAGGUUGACAGGCAGGUAAAACGUAAUAAAAAAACAGAAGUGCACAUUUUCCCAACAUAAGACUAGAGACGAGUCAAGAUGGACCUGCUGACACUGAAGAUUAUUUGCCUCAUAGCCGUCUUCUUUGGUUGCCUGGUUUUCGCCUUGCUGCCCCUGAAAUUGGUUCCGAAAAAGAAGGAGCAUCAAAGUAGAAGAUCACGGCGUAUUCUUAGUUUCCUGAACUGUACAGCUGGGGGCGUUUUCCUUGGGACAUGUUUCAUUGGUUUAUUUCCAACAGUCCGGGAUAAAUUUGCCUCAGUUUUGCAAAAGACAACUCUUGAUUAUCCAAUUGCCGAGUUAACAAUGAUCCUUGGUUAUUUCCUCAUUAUAUUCAUUGAGCAGUUCACAAUUGUGUGUGCACCUGGAGAGGGCCAUGUUAAUCACGGCAGCGUUCCUCACAUGGAAAUGGGACAAGUUGAAAACGGUGCUCGUCGACAUCCGACUGCACAACAAGGUCACAGAGACGGGCAAAACUUGGUUCAAGAUGGCCCAGAGAGUAGUGAUGAAGAAGACAUCUUUGACAGUCAGGAGCAGCACCCACUGGCGAAGGUAUCUGAUCCGCCAAGUCAUUCCCAUGGGCACAGCCAUGCCAAUAUUUUUCAGGGGUCAAUUCUGAGAAGUUACAUUCUUUUGUUAGCUCUGAGCAUACAUUCCAUAUUUGAAGGAAUGGCUUUAGGGUUACAGGAAAGUGUGACAUCUACGAUUCACUUGUUUAUCGCCGUGAUUGUGCAUGAAGUGUUGGUUUCCUUUGCAAUGGGCGUUAGUCUUAUGAGGUUAGAUAUCAAAACCAGAACUUUCAUACAACUUUCAAUAUUCUUUUGUAUAAUGAUACCGGCUGGUGUUGGCAUUGGUAUCGCGGUAGGAAACUUCCAGGGGUUUGCAGGUGGGCUUGCAUCUGCCAUCCUCCAAGGCCUGGCUGCUGGUACAUUCAUUUAUGUAGUGUUUAUGGAAAUUUUACCAAAAGAAUUAGCAGAUCCUGAAGAUAACAUUACCAAGUGUUUUCUAAUAUUUAUAGGGUUCUCUAUCUUUGCAGCCCUGCAAUUUAUCCAUUUUGACAAUUGAUCUUCCCAAAUUUAAACAUGGAAUGUCUUUGUUUCCCCUUUUUAGAGGCAUGAGAAUAUUGUAGUUUCAUGUUCAGAAAUGCAUUUGAAUUGACAACGGGUAUUGGCAUGACUACUUUUACAUGUAUUCCAAUUUUAUCAAAAAUAUUUGUGAUAACUGAUACAUUCUGGAAAAAAAUAACGCAUUUAAUUAAUGCGAUCCCAAGUAUAGUGCCAUAGACAUGCUAUCUAGGUUGAAUUGAAUCUUUAGAACCACUCUUGACUUCGAUCUGUGAAAUCAGAGUAUUUGGAUAUCCUGUGCAUAAUUGACACAAGUGCAGUCUGUGUUGUAGACUCCAGUUGUGACAAUGUCUAUCAUCUGAUGUAACAUGACACAGCUGAAUAAAUACUGAAUGAUGUGUGUCAAGAUUAAUCUAAUGUGCAGUGCAGUGCAUCUCGGAUUGAUUUUUAUGGAGAUGGAACAGUGCAGUUCACAAUUAUUGCCAGGCUGGCAAUAUUUGUGACGAAUUGUUGAAACGUGUGAUGUGAUUAAUGGGUCAUAAUUCUAAGUCAAAUUGUAAUCAUCUGUUAAGAUCAGCUAUGUAUAUUUACAAAGUGUGAAAAUAUUUUUCAACCGUGGUAUUUUGUUUUCAUCAUCUCCUUUUAUUUUGAUGACUAAAUAUUUAUUCUGGCACUAAGGAGCCACCGUAAAUGUGUUAUCUAAUUGUACUUUCUUUCGCAUUUUUCUUCCAUAUCUUUUACAUUUCAGCAGGGGCACAGCCAUACGCGAUCUAACUGUUGAUCUUGGCUGUGUCCCUGGCCGUUAAUUGCACUACUGUUGUAAAUUUCAUAUUUGAAUUAUGUUGUUGGCCAAAUAAACUUACCAGUACAUGUACCUAUGAACCUAUCUUUACAUUCCUAAUUAUAUAUUUAUUCAUUUGUUCCUCAAAGUAAUUGAAAUGUCUCUCUUUAGAUUUUCUUCAUUAAUUUCCAUUUGAAGUGUGCCCUACUGGCAUAAGUGCCCUUUUUUUGAAAAACAAAUAGCUCUUCCCCUUUGAAACAAAUCAUGUGCUCUGUAUUUUCUCUUUACAUACUAAAUUGUUAUUCUGGAUAAUAUUUUUUUGACCUUGGAGUUAAGACACCAUGUGCUUGGUGGUGAAAUUAAAUUCUGCUUCUGUUUUUGUCUGUAUACCUUGUCAUGUUGAUGCUUAGGGAAUUAUUGCAAUAUUGAUAUCAAUGGUUGAUAUUUGUGGAAAAUAA